CAUUCACGUUAAACAAGUGUAACCAGUGUGGUUCUCUACCGGACCAAAUAGAGGUGGUUCUGCAAGAAAAUGUUUUUUUAAAUAAUAUACCCACGAUAAGUUUCCGUUUUGGUGCGCUUAUACACAGUGUGUUUAGUAUCCAUAAUGAAGGUUUUGGGAUUAAUAGUGUUUUGUUUGUUCGUGUUGUUUGAUCGAGGGUUUUGUUAUGGAAUAAGACAGCAGUAUGACAGUCAUACACCGGAUGAAGAUGUGCGGAAAAUUAAGGAAAAUUUACCAAACCUACUCUUCCUAAAGCAACUUAUCACCAGCGAACUGAACAAAAAAUACAAUAAUUUUGAAUACGAUGACUUCCACUCGCAAAAUAAACUCCAACCGCACCACCAUCACCACAUUCCGUCAUACACCAGCAACGACAGACCCGAUUUCAAUGAAAAUUACGAAAUUUAUCCCCAAAACUUUGAAAAUAAGGGUCACAACCAUAAUAACCAUCCAUCAUUUCAAAAUGGAAAAUAUGACGUCAUAGGGCCCUUUCCUGUAGACUUUGGUCCUGGAUUCCAACAUAGCGAAGAAUACCACCGGAAAAUCGGCGAUAAGAAAUUCUUCCCUAAAACCGAGAAACCCCAAAACGAAUAUGCUGUCAUUGAAAUCUAUGAGCAACCGGAUUUGCCAAAUCCGAAUGUUAAAUACGUCGUAACUUCCACUCGAAAACCAAAACUAGACGAGUCGACCACCCAAAGAAGUAUUAGCAUUACCGCGUCUACCGAACUAAAUGUCCAAGAGCAUCAGUAUCCAUGUUUUGACACAAGAAGUAAGCAAACUGAAAGUUCCCCUAGCUUCCACAGCGCCGACUGCUUGGGAUUCCCCAGAGGAAGACCACGUCCUCCACCACCGCCCCCGCGACCCUCUACCACAGUUGCCCCAAUUAGUAUUGACCCUAGGGCCAGCACCGUUUCAUUUGUUACUUCAUCUCCGAAAAUUGAUAUUAGAUCUAAAAUGUCGGAUGUCGACAGUAUAGUUUUUCCUGAUGAUUAAACAAAGUAUGCCAAAAUUUCCUGUUAUCAACACGUGUAAAUAAAAACCUCAAAAAUU